CGGGGGCCGCCUCCGGAGCCAUAAGUGGAGGCGAGGCGGCGCCUUGGGCCCUAGGGUGUGGCGGGCCAGCGCCGCUGGAGGGGGGCUCCUGUCCAAGCUCCCGCCCCUACCUCGCCUGUUUCCGCAGCUCCGGGGCCCGCGGGAAGGACCUUUGAGCGAGCAGAGAGCUGGGCGCGGGCGAGAUGGCCCUGGUGCCCUAUGAGGAGACCGCAGAAAUGGGGCUGCAGAGAUUUCACAAGCCUCUUGCCACCUUCUCCUUGGCAAACCACACCAUACAGAUCCGGCAAGACUGGAAACAACUGGGAGUCUCAGCGGUGGUUUGGGACGCGGCUGUCAUUCUGGCCACGUAUCUGGAGAUGGGAGCUGUGGAGCUCAGGGGCUGCUCUGCCGUGGAGCUGGGUGCUGGCACGGGGCUGGUGGGCAUGGUGGCUGCCCUGCUGGGUGCUCAUGUGACUAUCACGGAUCGAAAAGUAGCAUUAGAGUUUCUUAAAUCAAACGUUCAAGCCAACUUACCUCCCCAUAUCCAGCCCAGAGCUGUUGUUAAGGAGCUGACUUGGGGACAGAAUUUGGGGAGUUUUUCACCUGGAGAAUUUGACCUGAUACUUGGAGCUGAUAUCAUAUAUUUAGAAGAAACAUUCACAGAUCUUCUUCAAACAUUGGAACAUCUCUGUAGCAACCACUCUGUGAUUCUUUUAGCUUGCCGAAUUCGCUAUGAACGGGAUCACAACUUCUUAGCGAUGCUUGAGAGGCAAUUUACUGUGAGUAAGGUUCACUAUGAUCCUGAAAAAGACGUACGUAUUUACAAAGCACAGAGGAGAAGCCUGAGGGAGGACUUAUAGUUGGCUAUAAUUUAUAAGAAUGUUGUCACUGAGUGUGUCAAUUAAGGUCUUAGACUGGGAAUAUAACCAUAUGUAAUGAAAUGGCUUACUGUACAAAAAGUCUAACCAAAGGUUCUCAAAAGGCAAAGCAAAUGUGCAGUUUUAAAACAAAGCAGCACUUUGUCCCAUUGCUGUGACUUUUUAGUUAUGUUUUACUCGCUCUGAAAUUCAAUUAACGUUAAAGGAAAGUGUGCGAUUUUGGUUUAUGUUGUUUCUGUAUCCCAUACUGCUCCCUCUCAAUAAACAAUUUUCACUGAUGCUGUGAUGAAGGGUUGGUAUAAAGGCAUCUUCAAAGCAGUGAGCUUGUUUUGGUGAGGCUAGAUCCUGCAAAUCAUUUAAAACACAUUGUAAGACAUACGUUUAGCCCAGUUUUCUAAUUUUCUGAGUAUAAAACAAGAGGUGUAAUGGACAUUCCCUGAGCUGUUAAUACUCUUGAAAUCUUUUGUCUACUGCAUUUAGGUCUUAAAUACUUUUCGUUGUUUGAGAUUAGGAUGUGAGUUUUCUGAGGUCUCACGUGCUUUCUGGCGUAAUUUCGGAUUUAGGUAUAUAAACAAAGGCGUAAGUCAAAAUAAAAUUUUAGUUACUUUUUGAUAGCACCUAAAAUCUUGGACCUCUAUGUGCUGGGAAUAGGUUAUCUUCAAAUCAAAAGCUGUAGUUUCUCCCUUCCGCUUUACCCUUGGUCAAAUGUUGCUUUUGUAUUUCUUUCCUAGGCUUUCCCUGCCUCCUUAUACUGCAUAGGAUGACAAUGAAAAAAAGUUUUAAACCUCAUCCCGCCAUGGGAGGUUAGCUCCCCAAGUAUAAGCUCCUUCUGUAUUGUACUGAUAAUUGCUUAUUCAGUGUCUGUGCUCCCCAGAAGACUGUGAGCUUCUUGAGGGCCAGGAAUGCUUCUGCCUCUUUCUUUAUUGCCUCCCCAGUAUCUAGUAUAUCAUAACCAAAUAUUCGGUGAUUGAAAAAGAUACAUUACAUUUAGAGGGUAUUGAUCUCUGUGUUAAUUGACUGCUACAUUGUUUUAUGAUUAUCUUUGAUAGACUUUGUGAAGUGACACACAUACCCUGCCCUUUUUUCACAAUGUAAAAGCUUAAACAACAGCUUAAACAGAUUUAGAUCCCAAGAAUAUUAUAAUCUCAGUAUGGUAUUCGGUACUAGAGAUAGAUUUCCUUCGUAAACCAUUAGAAACAAGACCUCCUCCCUCUUAACCUUU